CCUUGACCCUAUCCUCUGUUUCUCCGAUAUCGAUUGUUCCGUGGUACAUCGCAGGCGGCCUUGUUGAAUUCUGCCAUGCCCAUUGCUCCUUUUUAUUCAAAAUAGUCGCAGGCCCGGUUAGGAUCUACAGAAGUUGAUUAAAUGAUUUCCAGAAUUGCCAAGAUUAAUCUUGUCAGUUCACAUCCUGAAGUAUAUGAACCGUGUGAUGAUUCAUUUGCAUUGGUAGAUGCAUUACUGGCUGAUCGGACUAACUUGGUAGAUCACCAACCCGCGUUUUGUAUGGAAGUUGGAUGUGGUAGCGGAUACGUUAUUACUUCCCUAGCACUCAUGCUUGGGCAUGAAGUGCCCGAGGCCUAUUAUAUUGCAACAGACAUCAAUCCUCAUGCAGUUAUGGUGACUCGUGAGACAGCGGCAGCACAUGGUGUUGAUGUUGAGCUGGUUAAUACUGAUAUUGCGUCAGGAAUGGAGGCACGGCUGGCUGGGUUAGUGGAUGUGAUGGUUGUGAACCCGCCUUAUGUUCCAACGCCUGAAGAGGAGGUUGGUUGUGAAGGAAUCACCUCCGCUUGGGCUGGUGGGGAAAAUGGUCGAACUGUGAUCGAUAAGAUUUUGCCUGUUGCUGACGAGCUUCUGUCUGAGAGGGGCUGGUUGUAUCUGCUCACACUUGCUGCUAAUAACCCAUCGGAAAUAUGCCUUCAAAUGAGAAAGAAGGGUUAUGCGUCAAGAGUUAUUCUUCAGAGAUCCACCGAAGAGGAGAGCCUUCAUGUAAUCAAAUUUUGGCGAGAUGCUAGCAGCCAGUUGGAGGCAAAAGAAUAUAGUUUAAUGGUGAGGAAUGGUCAAGAAAAAGUCAAUAAACCAGUGCCUUUGCAAUUUUCUGAACUGUCAUCUAGGGAAACUAGCAGCUGCAAUGCACUCUAACAAGCAAUGGUUUUAAGGUAGAUUAAAAAACUUCUCUUUUGAUUAAUGAUGGUAUAAGUUUCUCUCUAACCUGUACAUCGACAUGUGACAUAAGUUUGUAAGAAUGUUUCUUUCGAAUUUUGAUACUAUUCAGGCUUGGUUUUAGUUUUAGAAUCUGGUCAGUCAAGCAGGAUUGAUGGUUCCCUUUGUUCAUUGAUGCCUCUUUCAGAAAAUGCAACCGUGUUGCUAUCUUGCAUGAGUACAAUUUACUUAAAGCUAUGGUGCUUAGAGAUGUUCCAUGUAGUGCUUUAUGCCUUGUUUUGUACCAUUAGUUUCUUAUACCUAUCUAGGAGGCAAUUCUAUUGUGCAAUUGAACAGUGUAAAGGUUUGGAAUGGAACUUUAGUCUGCCAUGUAGUGCAAUAUUUGGUCUA